UAACAAACGUCUUGUGAUUUACCGGUGGGCGUAUCUUGCAGUAUUGUCCCCUGUGCGUUAUCGAUUGACAGUAGUUUUCCCAUUUGAUGUUAAGAAAAAUUCAGGGAAAUGAGUGUUUUGUUACCUACGUUAUCGUCAAAACAAGAAGUAGACAGUGUCAUUUUAAACACAGAAGAUUUGUUAUUAGUGCUGAGAUUCGGAAGAGCAUCAGACAUAACUUGCAUGCAGCAGGAUGAUAUCCUAGCAAAGACUGCAGAGCAGCUGAGGAAGAUGGCGGUGAUCUACUGUGUGUCAGUGGACGAGGUCCCGGUGUAUGUGCAGUACUUUGACAUUACUCUGAUACCUGCCACCAUUUUCUUCUUCAAUGGACAGCACAUGAAGGUGGACUGGGGCACACCAGAUCACACCAAGUUCAUCGGUAACUUCAAGACCAAGCAAGACUUCAUUGAUGUUGUGGAGGUAUUAUACAGAGGGGCCAUGAAGGGCAAAGUGAUGGUGACCAGCCCCUUGGACCCCAGGGACGUGCCAAAAUAUGAACUGAUUUAUAAAAAUAUAUGAGAAAUUAUCCACUUGAGAGGUGUGAUUGGUUCCAUUUCCUACACUGUCCCACGGUGCAGUCUAGUGGUAUCACUUGGCUGAGAUGGUGUUGAUUGCACCCCAUCGGGUCCACAACAUGUGGCCCAGAGGUCUGACUUUGACUGGAUAUCAUAUCAGUGCUUCCAGCCAAGAUUCACAAACCUGAAGUCCUUACUUUCACUAGUAUUUAUUAUGAAAAUAAAUACAUUUUAUUGACUAGAUGAUUAAAUGAUAACAAUAAUCAAGCAAUUUUAUUUUACAUACAGGUAUGCUUGGCUAAAGCAAGUUCCCUGUUAUUUUCUAUGCUGAAGGGAGUGUGCACACCAUUGUUAACAGUGGCAAACAAAAAGGAGCUCUCACAAGUAUCUGUUGAUCAGAUACAAAGAAACUCCUCAUUCACUACAGAAGUAUUUUAUAUUGCACAAAUCUUAUUAAAGGUGUCCCAUCUAGAAUUAAAUGCCAAAUCAAAUUUUCCCUGAAAAUUAAGGUUUUUUCUGCUUUGCAUUGCUUGACCUGUUUUUGCACUGCAGUUUAAAGUUAUAUAUCCUGAAAUGUAUUAUGUAACCUGAUUUAAAAAGAAACUUACUUGAAAAAAUGGAACAGGGCAGUAAAGCUGUCAAUUGUACAGGCAUAAAUUUUAAAAAAAGGCAACGCCAGUUUUAAAUUACUAUUAUGCUGACAAGAGGUAAUAUGGUUAUAAAGAAUACAAAACUAGCAUAAGUCUUCAGGCCCAUAAGAGUUCACAAUGAAAAUGCCAGAAUGAGAAAAAUUAAAAUUUCACAAAAUAUUGCAUUAAUUCAAGAAAAAUGAUCCCAUCAAGUUGGUAUUCUAAUUUGAGCUUUAUACCAAUUCCAAAAAUCAUUCUUGUUAGUUGAAAAAUACUAGUAAGUUUUCCUUUCAUAGUGUUUGUGGUGAGAAUGCACAAAAUAGUUUUUUUUUUUCUUUGUCAGUUUUGAAGCAAUAUGUUGCAUAAUGGUUAAAAGCAAUAUCACCAGCAAUUUUAAUUCACUGCUGAACCUGGCAUGGAAAUUUAAAAAUUUAGAAAAUUUAACUACCAUAUGACUUCAUAUGAGUGGGAGUUUUGAGUCCCAUAUUGAAAAUGCCAAUAUGUGAAAAACUGCAUUACUUCCAGAAAAGAGAUCCAAUCAGGCUGGUUUUCUGAUUCAAACCUGGGGUUGUGCUAACACUCGCCAAAUGCUGAAACUUACAUUAAGUGUCUAAUCAAAAAUAAGGUUGAAAUGGCUUUUUUAAGU